AUGUCUCCGACAUUGCUCACAUUCACAUCACGUAACCUCGGCCGACUGGUCUGGAUCAACAUGUUGGAACGUACAGAUGAGGAAGAUUCCGAGCGAAAGAUGAAGGACCUUUUGGGAAAGAUUACUGCUAUCAACCUCAUUGUUGCAUUCUCUAUAGCACUCAAGCACCGUCUGCGAUUCGAGCCAGCUAUCGACUACCCGGAUCUGCAAUAUCUCGUAGCACCUAUAACUAGCACUACAAUCGCUAGCCAUGCAGAUCAAUCGAAAUUAAAACACAAAAAACCUUCCACUAUGAAACAAGUCGGAGAAUACCUAGGCUUGACCUUUGCACAUUCCAAUCCACGAAAGCUGAUCAAGCGUUCCGAGGACAAUCUAGGCAACCUGCCUCACGAGAUCUUAGCACAUCUAUCAGCCUACUUCGAAAAAGCAAUGGCAACCAAACAAAUCGUCGGAUGUCACAAAUUCUUCUGGAACGACGUACGUACCAUGGCCGACAUCCUCACUGGCGCCGAACGUAUCCUCAACACACCGCUCCCACUUGCUUAUACCAUCUCUAUCGCCCAAAUCACCUGGAUGUACAUCAUGGUUCUCCCCUUCCAACUGAUCCGCAAACUCGGAUUCGUCACAAUUCCAGCAACGAUGCUAGCAGCCUACAUCAUUUUAGGCCUGGCUAUGAUCGGACAGGAGAUCGAGAACCCCUUUGGCAACGAUGUCAAUGAUUUACCAUUGGAAUCAUACUGCAACGAAAUAGCAGAUGAUCUGGAUGUCCUUAUCAGCACGCCGAUGAACGAGUAUGCGAAUUAUCCGGAGGCGUCUUCUAAUAUACCGUUGUAUCCACUUAGCUACCAGACCGCAGCAGAAUGGACGAGACAGAGUGAAGAUGAUGUGCGUGCGCUGUUGAAGGCGAAGGCGAGGAAGGCGCAUGCGAGAAAGAUGGAGGCUGCUGAGGCUGAGGAGGUCUAG